AGCGAGAGCCGAGACGCUGCCGCCGCCGCCGCCUCCUCCUCCUCCGCUGCGGGCAGGAAGAUGGCGAACGUGCAGCUGGAGUUCCAGGCCAGCGCCGGCGAGGCGGACCCGCAGAGCCGCCCUUUGCUCGUGCUGGGCCAGCUGCAGAACCUGCACCGCCUGCCCUGGGCCCAGCUGCGGGGGAAGCUGCAGCCCAGGGUCACCGAGGAGUUAUGGCAAGCUGCGCUAAGCACCCUGAACCCAAACCCGACCGACAGCUGCCCUCUCUACCUGAACUAUGCUACCAUAGCCGCUUUACCUUCCCGGGUCAGCAGACACAACAGCCCGUCGGCCGCCCAGUUCCUCACGCGCCUCGUUCGGAACUGUCUCCCGGGAGGGACCAACAGAUGCAUCCUUAUGGUCUGUGAGCGCUCGGAGGUCUUUGCCUCAGCCUGUGCUAUAGCAAGAGCUUUUCCGCUCUUCACACAGCGAUCCAGUGCCUCUAGACGCACAGAGAAGAAAAGUGUGAUAGUGGAAUUUUUCCUGGUUGGGCAGAACAAUGGCCCUGUGGAGGUGGAGACGCUUAAAUGUCUGGAAAGUGCUGCGGAAGGUAUAAGGCUGGCAGCUCGGAUCGUGGACACCCCAUGCAAUGAAAUGAACACCGACAGCUUCCUGGAGGAAAUCAGAAAAGUCGGAAAGGACCUGGGGAUUGUUCCAACCAUUAUUCGAAACGCAGAAUUGAAGGAGAAAGGAUUUGGAGGCAUUUAUGGCGUUGGCAAAGCAGCCGUGCACCCACCAGCUCUAGCCAUGCUGAGCCACACCCCGGAAGGUGCCACACAAACCAUCGCCUGGGUUGGGAAGGGCAUUGUUUACGACACUGGAGGACUCAGCAUCAAAGGAAAGACAACAAUGCCUGGGAUGAAGAGAGAUUGUGGUGGAGCUGCUGCUAUUUUGGGCGCCUUCAAAGCCACCGUAAAACAAGGCUUUAAAGACAAUCUUCAUGCUGUUUUUUGCUUGGCUGAGAAUUCUGUCGGACCAAAUGCAACAAGGCCGGAUGAUAUCCAUGUUCUUUACUCCGGAAAAACUGUGGAAAUCAACAACACUGAUGCCGAGGGCAGGCUGGUGCUCGCUGAUGGAGUUGCCUACGCUUGCAAAGACCUUUGUGCUGACAUUAUUUUGGAUAUGGCUACCCUCACUGGCGCUCAGGGAAUUGCCACGGGGAAAUACCACGCUGCUGUCCUCACCAACAACGAAGAGUGGGAACGAGCCUGUGUCAAGGCGGGCAGAAACUGUGGAGAUCUGGUUCACCCUCUUGUCUAUUGCCCUGAGCUCCAUUUUAGUGAAUUUACCUCUGCUGUGGCUGACAUGAAGAACUCUGUGGCAGACCGAGAUAACUCCCCAAGCUCUUGUGCUGGACUCUUCAUUGCUUCACACAUUGGUUUUGACUGGCCUGGUGUCUGGGUCCACAUAGACAUUGCUGCCCCGGUCCAUGCGGGUGAACGAGCCACAGGCUACGGUGUGGCUUUGUUGCUCUCCCUGUUUGGCCGUGCCUCCGAAGACCCUCUCCUGAACAUGGUUUCUCCGCUGGGCUGCAAUGGGGACUCCCCGUUGGAAGAUAUGGAGAGAGAUUCCAAGAGGCGCCGCUUGGUUUAAUGCCCGCUCUCCUCCCCCUUUGGAGAGAGGGCACACAGGAAUUACCUCACUUUGCACUGAAGGGUUUCCCAAACCACGAAAGCACCCACGUGACCGAGAAAACGAAAACAAGUUGCUCACAUUUGAUUCUCCCAUUUCACUCUGGCAAAAGGCUGUAUUCUGUUGGGUUGGGUGUUUUCCUCUUUUUUUUUUUAAUGCGCUUGGGGUUUUUCUACCAAACCUGGUGACUUUGCUGCUUCCAUUCUUUAUGGAGAAGGGGCUAGGGAUGUCUUAUUUCCCCCACGUCCCUUUCAAAAAGUAUCUGAGCCUAUUACUGCAACAGCUUCACCUCUUGAUGCCAAUAGAGCCUUCCGAGUUAGUUCUGCAGGUUUUAUUUCUCAACCCCUCUGCUUUACAGAAUUCAAUAGUGUCGUGGGGUUUGGAGGAAUAUAGGGGUUGCCACCUUGGGAGUCAAACACCAGAUGCAUCCCUUUAAAUCUCCUGACGCUGCAGGGGAUGAGGCAGCUGCUGUGCCUCCUGGCCUCUUUCUCUGGUUUGUUUUUCACCUGCUGGGAGGCAUACCUGAAAUCCUGCUUGCCCCCAGGUCAGGACUGCUGCGCCGGAAGGAACUGCAGCUGCCAUGCCCAACAGCAUAACAGGCUCCACUUCAGUUUGCAGGGUUGCAACCGCUGGGAUGAAGCCACUUUGAGGCUCUGCAUUAUUCACUUAGCAGCAGCAUAAGGGAGGCCUUGUUUUCUAAGGCAGCUUUUCAAUAAUAAUAAUAAUAUUCCUAAGCUACCAUUCAUGCAUGUUACAUCUUUCGCUGAUCAUUACGGAUACGACCCUGUAAAUGAGCCGGUGCAUUUCUCCACGACGGUUCUUAACACCCUUCUGCUGACAAAUUUCAUCGACGUUUAGAAUAAAAGUGUUAAUGGGAGGCAACCUAGAAUAAAACCCACCCUACUCUCAA